AUGAUGACCACUCGGGGACUCCACUCUGCCCUCAGUCCCUUCAUGGACUUCUACUGGCCAGUCUGCUCUCUCUCUCCAGAGGUGCAGGUUGUGCUCCAGCGACAGCAUCUCCUUCAGAGGAGCCUUCAGCAUCUGAUCUGCUCACAUCAAGACAAGAUCCAGAAGAAGCCAGCGUCCGCUGCCAUGAGCGCUGCUGUGCAGGAGGACGGAGGUCACUAUGAGCUGACCCUGGACACCACAGGCUUCUCUCCAGAGGACCUGUCGGUCAGGCUGCAGGGCAGGAAGCUGAGAGUCAGCGGGAAGACGGAGAUGAAGCAGCAGGAGCAGGAAGGCUGGCGCUGGCACUCAGUCCAGGAGUUCAGACAAGAGCUGGAGCUUCCUGAAGGAGUGAACCCUGAAGACAUCAUCUGCUCUCUGAGUCCAGAGGGGAGGCUGCACAUCCAGGCAGCCAAAGCUCCGAGUGUGGAGGAGGCCAGCAGAGAGCUGAGCAUCCAGAGGAGCUCCCAGGAGAACCAGGAGGAGAGCCAGGCCUCAUUGCCUCAGCAUCAACCUGCAAGCAUCGACUGACCCCGGAGAUGAUGGUUACAUGUUGAAUUAUGAGGGAAAUGUAUGUGUGUUUGAAAUUCUUAACUAACAACAAUGCUUGUUGCAAAUGCUGCUUUUUAAUGUGUGAAAUGUUUCAGUUUUUUACUGUAAAAUAAAAUAAAAGCAGCAUGG